ACAUCCGCGCCCGCAAUUUAGCUGAAGGCUGGUUGAUUCCAAAAUGGUGGUCGUUUGUUGUGCUUUAUUGAGUGAUUUGUGAAACUAUUUCUGUUAUAGGAGUAAAUUUGCCGAAUUAUGUUGAAAAAUAUGUGUUUCACUUUGUAAGUGACUUCCAAUAAGAUUGGAGUUAUGGACGAGAAGGAGAGUAUACCUGAGGCGCCUAACACGCCAGUUUCUGAUAAAGGAGACACUGCUGACAGUGAAAAACCAUCAAUUGAAUCUGUACAAGAAAUGGUAGCUGGUGGUGCUCCCAAUGUAAAUUUUGAUAAUGAACUUGAAAUAAAUGCCACACAGUUAGAGACAGAAUCUGAACUGCGAAAUCACGUUGACCAUAAAGUGAGCGCUGAUAUGCCUUUAUCUACUGCAAAGGAGGUUGACCAUGAUAUGAGUGUUGAUGAGCCAAUGUCUAGUGCAAAAAAUGCAGAUGACCACCCAGAUGAAAUGAAAAUUGAAACCCAAAGUGAAGCAAAAGAAUCAAAGGCGUCACAAGAAAAUGAAGCUUUAACUUUAGAGAGCACUGAAGAAAAUACCGCUGAACAAAAUGAAGUCGGUCUUUCCAAAGAACAGGAGCGAAGUAUAGAUAUUAAAGAGCCAAGUAAAGAUGCUCAAGAGAGCACAAAAGAAAAUGAGUUAGUCCAAUCCGUUGAUGAGAAUAUAACAACAAAAGAAGAAGCUAGUGAAGAAACAGACACUCAGGAUAAAACUGACCAAGAGGAAAUCAAUCAACAAGAUGGCAUUAAACAAUCUGAAGAUCUGCUGAAAAUUGCAGAUGACAAGAAAGAGGAUGAAGUUGGCAGACCUGAAUUUGAGACUGCUCCUAAUGUGUCAUUAGAUGAAUCUCAAGAGGAUCAUACUCAGGCAUUGGACCCAUUCGAUGCACUGCUAAAAGAUCGCAGUGACCCGGUGCCAGACACGUCUACAUCGUCAGUGAACGUAGGUGCGAAUGCUGACGAUGACGAUGAUGACCAUCAUGCAGACGCUGAUCCUGUCGAAGCUGACGCGCAUGAUGAGGAGGAUCACCAUCAAGAAGAGGACACUGGUGUGGCUGAGCUGGUAGAGGGUGCAGACGAAGAAGUAUGCCUCCUUCCCGACACAGAGAGAGAAAUCUCCGAAGCCGACAAAGCUGAAGCGGAGAAGGUUCUGGCCGAAAAAAGAAAACAAGCCGAAGCUGCUGCUUUGGCUGUGGAACCGAAACAAGAAAACGAAGCAGUAGAUCAAUUGCAACCAGAGGAGACUUUUAACAAUGAGGAAGCAGAGGAACCUGCAGAGCCAGAUCCAGCUACUGACGAUGCUUCUCACGAGAAUGGGGGAGACAAAGAGAAUGAAAAUGAAGAUGCUGCUGAAGCUGUUGAGCCAGAAAUCCAUAAUAAAAUUCAAGAGAUAAGCCCUGCUGAAGGCACAUGUGUACAAUGCAAAGAAAGUAAGCCAUGUACCUAUAGGUAUACCUCCAAAGACAACGAGCCCAACUACAUUUGCUGUGAAAACUGCUUGAAAGCCUACCAAACUGAUAAUCCUGGACAAUAUACUGUUCUCAAUAAGAAGUAUUUGAUCGAAGAAAUAUCGCCGAAAGUCUUGUCAUGCUCAGAGUGUGAGGAAAAGAAAAUGUGCUAUUUUUACUACAAUUAUGACGGUGAUGACACAAACUAUUGUUCACUCAUGUGCUUGUACAGCAUGAUGGCAGACGAAAAGGAUAAAUAUGCGUUUAAACGACGAAGAAUUACUGUCGUAGAAAUAUCACCCAAAGAGGCCGAGUGUAUUGUCUGCAAUGAAACAAAAAAAUGUUCUUACCAUUUUGUAAGAUAUGGUGUACCCCAUUAUAUUUGUGACCAUUCCUGCAUUAAGAUUUUAAAUGAAAAUGAAAAUGGGAGAUACUUUGUAAAGAGGAAAAGGGCAAGUCGUACCACUAAGCCAAACACCACUACAAUUCAAACAAAUCCUCCUCUGCUCAAAUUAAAAGUAAUAAGUAAUGCUACAGACAAAUAUUUGGACGAAGCCUACAAAAUACAAGCCAAAACGCCGGCUAUGGUACAGGCAGCUAGAGAGGAAAGGGAGCGCACCUUCAUUCGCAGGUGCACACAAUGCACAUUGAUACUCGAUGCUGAUGAUAAAUUGCUGAACUGGGAAACAAUGGAUUUUUGCAACGAAGUCUGCUUAGGGCGGUACCAAAACAAAAUUGGAGCAAGGUGCGCCAAUUGCAAGAAUAACGUGCAGCAUACGAGCUUAGGGAAAUACUGCGUCAGGUUUGGAUACGACAUUCGCCAAUUCUGUAACUCUGGUUGCUUAGAAGAGUUUAAGAAAGGCUUGAAAAUUUGCUGCUACUGCCAAAAAGACAUAUCUUCUGGACAUCAAGGCUUUCUUGCGCCUGUCGGAGAUAAAGGGCAGUUCAAAGACUUUUGCUCUCAGGUUUGCAUGGAGAAAUUCGAUCACAUGAGCAAAAAUCCUGUACCCCAACCAGUUUGGGCCAAAUGCGCUGUAUGUUCAUUAGAAAAGGCGACAACUAUUGAGGUUGAGAUUAGUGAGGAUUCAUACCAGAGACUGUGCUCUGAUCCGUGUUUCGCUGCAUUUAAAUUCGUGAACAAUAUUUUUCCAGAUCAGUGCCGUUGGUGCAAAAAAUAUUUCGAAAGGAAGCAAAGCAAAUGCUUUACAAUUUAUGAUGGCGCUACUCCGCAGUGCUUCUGCUCGAAGUCAUGUAUGAAUGUAUUUAUAAGCAACUCGCGGCACAUUGUUCCCUGCAACUGGUGCAAGGUUAAGAAGUACAACUUUGACAUGAUCAAACGCAUGCAAUCCAAUGGGCAGGCAGUAAUGAUGUGUUCUCUGAACUGCCUGAAUCUUUAUCAAGUGUCGAUUAACGCUGUGUCUUCGAGGAAAACAAAAUGUGACAUGUGCAAGAGAACCUCUUUGGCACAAUACCAUUUGACGAUGUCUGAUGCGACCGUACGUAACUUCUGCACUUACCAGUGCGUCAUGCAAUUCCAGGGUCAAUAUUCUAAACAUGCUCCUGGAGGCAACUGGCUCCCUGGAGAAUCCAUCGAUCAACAGAAAGCCGUUCCUACUGGUGCGCCACGACGUAAUUAUUCGGGCAGCGGUGGAAAAAACAAUUCUUCUCAGAAAAAUCAACAGCGCAGUGGGCUACCAAUCAUCUCAAACGUUCAGUCGUUGGCGGCGCCACCGCCUCUCAUGCCUGCAGUGACGCGUGGCAAGUCCAAACGUUUGAACCAGCAGCCUCCUCCGGAGCCUGAGCCUCCUGCAGUACCGAAAACUCCGCCACCCCCACCUAAACCGCCAACGCCCCCGCCACCACCACCUCCGAAAGUAUUCAACCAUGUCAUCGUCAAGACCUUGCCUCCCCAUGAAGUGGCUAAUAAGGGUACUAUGUCAAAACCAAUGACGCAGUCCAAGGGAGUUUCCUGUCGCCCGCAUCCAUGUACGAAAGAGUGCCAGACUGAUCCGAGCCUCGAACGCAGGGUUUUAAUCCCAGUUCCUGUGCCCAUUUACGUUCCUGUACCGUGUGCCAUGUGGUCACUACCUUUCCCGGUGCCUAUACCUAUCCCGAUUCCCAUACCGACUCCGGUAUUUAUUCCUACUACGAGAAACUCUGCCAAAGGCAUAAUGAAAGAAAUCAACAAGAUCCACGAUAAGAUGCCGACUGAUCCAUUUGAAGCCGAACUGCUGAUGAUGGCUGAGAUGGUCGCUGGAGACAAAAAGAAAGAUCAAAGUGAUUCAGAGACCGAAGAUGAAAAUGAAGAGGGCUUCAGUCCUGUCGGUGGAAUGGACGGAAAUAAUGCAUUCGGCGAAGAUAUGCUGCAGAUGGCACUCAAAAUGGCUACAGAAUACGAAGAUCAACCAGUUGACUUAGAGUCUGCUAUGACAGCAAAUACAAUUACUCCAAGCUCUCAUCCUGGUAUGCCUGGCUUGGAAGGCGAGGGUAUGCACCAUCAUCACAUGAUGGUGCUGGAACAACAACGGGCGGUGGCCGCUUUGCGCGCUUCGUCGGCCGCCGCAGUGCCUCGCAAGCGCACAGCCCCACCACCGGCCGCUACUCGCACGUCAGCCAGUCGCACUAAGCGCAGCCGCCGAGCCGAACCGCCUCCACCACCCCAACCAGAACCACCGCGAGAACCUGUCGAAAAACCAGAUGCUAACAUGUGUUUGAAGUACACUUUUGGCGUAAACGCAUGGAAACAAUGGGUUAUGACCAAGAACGCUGAAAUAGAGAAGAGCUCAAUACGACGGAAACCUUUCAAAUCGGAGAUAUUGCAACUCACUGCAGACGAACUUAACUAUUCACUGUGUCUAUUCGUUAAAGAAGUUCGGAAACCAAACGGCAGUGAAUAUGCACCUGAUACUAUUUAUUAUUUGGUCUUAGGCAUACAACAAUAUCUGUUUGAAAACGGACGCAUAGACAACAUAUUCACAGAUCCAUAUUAUGAGAAAUUCACUGAUUGCUUAGAUGAAGUGGCUAGGAAGUUCUCUGUCCUAUAUAACGAUUCUCAGUACAUAGUAACGCGUGUGGAAGAAGAACACUUGUGGGAGAGCAAGCAGCUAGGGGCACAUUCUCCGCACGUUCUUUUGUCAACGCUCAUGUUCUUUAACACUAAACAUUUCAAUCUGGUGACAGUGGAAGAACACAUGCAGCUAUCAUUCUCACACAUAAUGAAGCAUUGGAAGCGCAAUCCGAACCAGCCAGGACAGGCCAAAAUACCAGGAUCACGAAACGUCCUACUUCGGUUCUAUCCUCCGCAGUCUGCACUCGAAGCGAAUUCGAGGAAAAAGAAAGUGUACGAACAACAAGAAAAUGAAGAAAACCCGCUCCGCUGCCCAGUUAAACUGUAUGAAUUUUAUAUUUCCAAAUGCCCGGAGUCAGUGCGCACACGUAAUGACGUGUUCUAUCUCCAGCCAGAGAGAUCAUGCGUCCCCGAUUCACCAGUGUGGUACUCUACGCAACCACUGAGUCGUCAGGCCCUCGCCAAGAUGCUUCAUCGCGUCAAAAUGGUCAAAGAAAUAAAUAUUGCUCUCCUCACGAGUUAAAGACUUUUCCCCAAGAUUGAAUACGACGAUACAUCUGUCCUGCUUCAUAAUGGUUGAUUGGUGAAACAAUUGUGCCACUCGGAUGACUUUCAACGACCAUCUUACUGUUGUUAAAAUGGUUGCUAUGUAUAUUUUUUCUACUUUGUAUAUCAGUCAUUAGGCAUGGACUUUGAACACUCAUUUUAAAACAUAGGAUAAAUGUGUUGCAAUACUUGCAAUAUUUAAACAUAUAAGUUAAUUACCCGGGAUUAUGUUCAUAUCACGGCGCGGUGGCGAUGCCGGCGUCGUAGUUGGAGCCACCCAUGGGGUGUUAUCCCACUAAAAGCAUAAAUGUUAUUAUUUCUGUGAUUAUUUUACGUGUUUUAUGCGAAUGAGUAUAUUACUGGCUAUUAUUAGCUGUGCCCACAAUGUAAAAAAGGACACUUGAUUGGUUAUAAUUUUCAAUUUGUUAUUAUAUUGUUAAUAAAAAAGUACACUUAACAUUAUUUUCAAUUUACUUUUAUCAUUGAAACCGCUAUUGUGGUUUAAAUAUAAAAGUUAGGUAUAUCGUCUCGCUACUAUGAAGUGUAGAUUUACUGAUGACUAAUAUUUAAAUUGUUUGGUCAACACUCUGACUUCGUUCCAUCUUGUGCACGCGUCACGUCGAGCGCGCACGAGAUAUACUUUAAAAUUGUCAAGUGUUUUUUAUUUGUCAACUGAUUUCAAUGAAAUAAGCUCUAAAUGUUAAUCGAAGCUUAUCUUAAACAUAACACUAAUUCCAAACUGGUUCAGCCAUAGUGAACGUUGAGUCGGAUUUCAAUACUUUUGUCUCCAAACAAGUGUCAAAAAAAGAAUUUCGCCCAUUUUUAUUAACUUUUAUGUUUUUGGUGGGAUAAAACGUAAGCACUCUGAGAAAUUCUUUCUGUUGUAAUCCUGGAGCUGGCUUGAGCUACGUUAUCCUACAUUUUUCAUGUAAUAUAUCGCUUGUUAUGUCCGCAAAUAUUUUACGAACAAGUUGACUAACGUGGCCAACAUGUUCGCUAAUUUAUGAAGUGUUAAGCAUGCGGUCUAGCCUACACGAUCAGACGUAGUAAGUACGUAACGAUCAAGUAGUGCGGAGCAUUGCUUUGAAUUUUGUAUAUGGUCGUAAUAUUAUUAUACAGAUGAGAAAAUGAAAUUAUUUUAGUCUGUAGUAUAAAUCAAAAGACGCAGUAUGCUAUAGAAAUUUACUAAUUUUAGCGACAGUGGUUAGGCGAUAUACCUAUUGAACUUUUUUGUGCAUAUUCCGUAGCUCGAUUCUGUUCAAAUUUAUUAACAUUAUCUGCGUAUGCAUUAUACAUUGGUGAAAUAUGAAAUAUAUUAACCGAUUAGCAUGAGUGGAAAAAUUUCAAGAUUUAGUAGCGUCGAAAUGCACAUUGUGUUAUAGUAGGGAUCUUUUUUAUUGGAACUAUUGAUAUGUCUCACAUAGUACUUUUUAUUAAAAUAUAACUUAGAGGAAAGAGUCAAGAUUCGUAUUGUAUUUUAAGUAUAAACGCGUAUAAUAUAAGGACUAGGUUAUUGAUGUGUAAAA